AUGCAGGGAGCCAACCUCUCAGCAGUGACUGAAUUCAUCCUCAUCGGCUUCUCCAACUUCCCCCACCUUCAGCUGAUGUUCUUCUUGCUCUUCCUGCUGAUGUACCUGUUCAUGCCGCUGGGGAACUUGCUCAUCAUGGCCACCAUCUGGAGGGACCCCAGCCUCCACAUGCCCAUGUACCUAUUCCUGUGUGCUCUCUCCCUUUCUGAGAUCCUCUACACCUUUGCCAUCAUCCCUCGCAUGCUGGCUGACCUGCUCUCCACUCACCACUCCAUUGCUUUGACUGCCUGUGCCAGCCAGAUGUUCUUCUCCUUCACGUUUGGCUUCACCCACUCCUUCCUGCUCACCGUCAUGGGCUAUGACAGCUACGUGGCCAUCUGCCACCCCCUGCGCUACAAUGUGCUCAUGAGUCCCCGUGGCUGUGCCUGCCUGGUGGUCUGGUCCUGGGCUGGAGGCUCCAUCAUUGGGUUGGUGGUGACAUCUGCCAUUUUCCAACUCACUUUCUGUGGAUCUAAUGAGAUCCAUCAUUUUGUUUGCCAUGUAAAGCCUCUUCUGAAGUUGGCCUGUGGAGAAAACAUCUUCACUCUGGCCAUGGGUGUGGGCCUGGUGUGUAUCACUGCCCUGCUGUGUUGCUGUCUUCUCAUCCUUCUGUCUUAUGCCUUCAUCGUGGCCGCCAUCUUGAGGAUCCCCUCAGCCGAGGGUCUCAUUAGUGAUAAAAAGAGCACCUCCCCCAAUACAUUGAUGAAAGGAUUAAAUCACAGAGUAGGAACUCAACCAAAGCCACCUGUCAUUCAUCAGGAGCAGCCCCUUGGGCAGGGCGAGGAAUGA